UCCUCCUCCUCCCCCUCCUCCUCCUCUUCGGCCGCCGCCAUGUCCGCGCUGGAAGAAAGCGACGGCCCGGGCGUGGUCCGGCCCCACUACGGCUCCGUCUUGGAUAAUGAGAGGCUCACGGCGGAGGAGAUGGACGAGCGAAGACGACAGAACGUGGCCUACGAGUACUUGUGUCACCUGGAAGAGGCCAAGAGGUGGAUGGAGGCCUGUCUUAAUGAAGAACUCCCUCCCACCACCGAACUGGAGGAGGGGCUGAGGAAUGGGGUCUACCUGGCCAAGCUGGGAAACUUCUUCUCUCCCAAAGUGGUCUCCCUGAAGAAGAUCUAUGAUCGGGAGCAGACCAGAUACAAGGCUACUGGACUUCACUUCCGGCACACGGAUAACGUCAUCCAGUGGCUGAACGCCAUGGCCGAAAUCGGACUGCCCAAGAUUUUCUACCCAGAAACCACCGACAUCUACGACCGGAAGAACAUGCCCCGUUGCAUCUACUGCAUCCACGCCCUCAGCCUGUACCUGUUCAAGCUGGGCCUGGCGCCUCAGAUCCAAGACCUGUAUGGCAAGGUGGACUUCACAGAGGAAGAAAUCAGCAACAUGAGGAGCGAGUUGGAGAAGUACGGGAUCCAGAUGCCAGCCUUCAGCAAGAUCGGGGGCAUCCUGGCCAACGAGCUCUCGGUGGACGAAGCCGCAUUGCACGCGGCCGUGAUCGCCAUCAACGAAGCCAUCGACCGCAGAGUUCCCGCGGACACCUUCGCGGCCCUGAGAAACCCCAAUGCCAUGCUGGUCAACCUUGAAGAGCCCCUGGCCUCCACGUACCAGGACACGCUGUACCAGGCCAAACACAACAAGAUGACGAAUGCGAAGAACAGAACGGAGAACCCCGAGAGGGAGAGGGACGUGUACGAAGAGCUGCUGACGCAGGCUGAGAUCCAGGGCAACGUCAACAAAGUGAACGCGCAUUCCUCCCUAUCCAAGAUCAACCUGGCCCUGGAACGGGGAGACCCGCUGGCCCUGUUUGAGGCCCUGCAGUCGCCGGCCCUGGGCCUGCGAGGGCUCCUGAGGGAAAACCGCGACUGGUACUUCAAGCAGCUCCUGAGCCAGAAGCAGCAGAAGAAGCAGGCCGGCCUGACGGGACCGCUGCAGAAAGAGGAGCUGCAGGCCGGAGUGGACGCGGCCAACGGCGACGCGCAGCAAUACCAGCGAAGGCUGGCUGCGGUCACCAGGAUCAACGCCGCCAUCUGCCAGGGCGUGGCCCAGGACACGGUGGCGGAGCUGAUGAACCCCGAGGCCCAGCUGCCGCAGGUGUAUCUGUUUGCCGCCGACCUCUACCAGAAGGAGCUGGUCACCCUGCAGCAGCAGAGCCCAGAGCACAACCUCAACCACCCCGAGCUCUCCGUGGCCGUGGAGAUGCUGUCGUCGGUGGCCCUCAUCAACCGGGCCCUGGAGUCUGGAGACGGGAACACCGUCUGGAAGCAGCUGAGCAGCCCGGUCACCGGCCUUACCAGCAUCGAGGAAGAGAACAGCCAGAGGUACGUGGAUGUCCUGAUGAAGCUGAAAGCCCAGUCCUACUCCCAGAGCAGCGAGUUUCUCACCUGGAACGACAUCCAGGCGUCCGUGGACCGGGUGAACCAGCUGGUGCUUGAGGAGCACGAGAGGAUUUUAGCGAUCGGCCUGAUCAACGAAGCCCUGGACGAGGGAGACUCCCAGAAGACCCUGAAAGCUUUACAGAUCCCCGCGGCCAAGCUGGAGGGGGUGCACGCCAAGGUGGCCCAGCACUACCAGGACACCCUGAUCCGAGCCAAGAGAGAGAAGGCCCAGGAAACUCAGGAUGAGUCGGCGGUGCUUUGGCUGGACGAAAUUCAGGGAGGGAUCUGGCAGUCCAACAAGGACACCGAGGAAGCCCAGAAGUUUGCCUUAGGGAUCCUGGCUAUCAACGAGGCCGUGGAUCGGGGCGACGUCGGCCAGACCCUCGGCGCCCUGCGCUCCCCCGACGUCGGACUCUACGGGGUCACCCCGGAAUGCGACAAGACCUAUCAGAGAGACCUCGCCGAGGCCAAAAAGAAGAAGCAGGCGGCCGGCGACAACGGCAGCGUAUGGGUGAAGCACUGGGUGAAAGGCGGGUACCACUAUUACCACAACCUCCAGAGCCAGGAAGGAGGCUGGGACGAGCCCAAAGCCUUCGUGCCAAACAACACCCAGCUGUCCCGGGAGGAGAUCCAGACCUCCAUCUCCGGGGUGACCGCCGCCUACAACCGGGAGCAGCUGUGGCUGGCCAACGAGACCCUCAUCACCAAGCUGCAGGCCUGCUGCCGCGGCUACCUCGUCCGCCAGGAAUUUAGGUCCAGGAUGAAUUUCCUGAAGAAGCAGCUCCCCGCCAUCACUUGCAUCCAGGCUCAGUGGCGGGGGUACAAGCAGAAGAAAGCCUACCAGGAUCGCCUCGGGUAUCUGCGCGCUCACAAGGAGGAAGUUGUAAAGAUUCAGUCAAUGGCGAGGAUGCAUCAGGCCAGGAAGCGCUACAGAAUCCGCCUGCAGUACUUCCAGGACCACAUAAACGACAUUGUCAAAAUCCAGGCCUUUAUUCGGGCAAACAAAGCUCGGGACGACUACAAGACCCUCAUCAACGCGGCGGACCCCCCCAUGGCCGUGGUCCGGAAAUUCGUCCAUCUGCUGGACCAGAGCGACCAAGAUUUCCAGGAGGAACUGGAGCUCAUGAAGAUGCGGGAGGAGGUCGUGACCCUAAUCCGCUCCAACCAGCAGCUGGAGAACGACCUUAACCUCAUGGACAUCAAGAUCGGGCUUCUGGUGAAGAAUAAAAUCACCUUGCAGGACGUCGUCUCUCACAGCAAAAAGCUGACCAAGAAGAACAAGGAGCAGCUGUCCGACAUGAUGAUGCUCAAUAAACAGAGGGGCGGCCUGAAGGCUCUGAGCAAGGAGAAGAGGGAGAAGCUGGAAGCCUAUCAGCACCUCUUCUAUCUGCUGCAGACCAACCCCACCUACCUGGCCAAGCUGAUCUUCCAGAUGCCCCAGAAUAAAUCCACCAAGUUCAUGGACUCGGUGAUCUUCACGCUGUACAACUAUGCCUCCAACCAGCGGGAAGAGUACCUGCUGCUGCGGCUUUUCAAGACGGCCCUCCAGGAGGAGAUCAAGUCAAAGGUCGAUCAGAUCCAGGAGAUUGUGACGGGGAACCCCACGGUCAUUAAGAUGGUCGUGAGUUUCAACCGGGGGGCCCGGGGGCAGAACGCCCUGCGGCAGAUCCUGGCGCCGGUGGUCAAGGAGAUCAUGGAUGACAAGUCGCUCAACAUCAAGACGGACCCAGUGGACAUUUACAAGUCCUGGGUGAACCAGAUGGAGUCCCAGACGGGAGAGGCCAGCAAACUGCCCUACGACGUGACCCCCGAGCAGGCCCUGGCGCACGAAGAGGUGAAGACCCGCCUGGACUCCUCCAUCAGGAACAUGCGGGCCGUCACCGACAAGUUCCUGUCGGCCAUCAUCAGCUCCGUGGACAAAAUCCCGUACGGGAUGCGCUUUAUCGCCAAGGUCCUGAAGGAUUCGCUGCAUGAGAAGUUCCCCGACGCCGGCGAGGAUGAGCUGUUGAAGAUCAUCGGCAACCUCCUCUACUACCGCUACAUGAACCCGGCCAUCGUUGCCCCGGACGCCUUCGACAUCAUCGACCUCUCGGCGGGCGGGCAGCUCACCACGGACCAGCGCCGCAACCUCGGCUCCAUCGCCAAAAUGCUUCAGCACGCGGCCUCCAACAAGAUGUUCCUGGGAGACAACGCUCACCUGAGCAUCAUCAACGAGUACCUCUCGCAGUCCUAUCAGAAAUUCAGGCGCUUUUUUCAAGCGGCUUGUGAAGUCCCGGAACUGCAGGAUAAGUUCAACGUGGACGAGUACUCCGACUUGGUGACGCUCACGAAACCCAUCAUCUACAUUUCCAUCGGCGAAAUCAUCAACACACACACUCUGCUGCUGGACCACCAGGACGCCAUCGCUCCUGAGCAUAACGAUCCGAUCCAUGAGCUGUUGGACGACCUUGGCGAGGUGCCCACCAUCGAGUCCCUGAUAGGGGAAGGCUCCGGCUGCAUCAACGACCCCAACAAGGAGAUGCUGGCGAAAACCGAAGUGUCCCUCACCCUGACCAACAAGUUCGACGUGCCCGGGGGUGAAAAUGCCGAAAUGGACGCCAGGACCAUCUUGUUGAACACAAAGCGUUUAAUUGUAGACAUGAUCCGGUUCCAGCCCGGGGAGACGCUGACGGAGAUUUUGGAAACCCCAGCCACCAGCGAGCAGGAAUCAGAGCACCAGCGGGCCAUGCAGAGACGCGCCAUUCGCGAUGCCAAAACCCCCGACAAGAUGAAGAAGUCCAAGUCCGUCCAUGAGGACAGCAGCCUGAGCCUCCAGGAGAAGAAGGAGAAGAUCCACCUGGGCUUGAAGAAGCUGACGGAGCUGGGGAGCGUGAACCCCAAGAACAAAUACCAGGAGCUGAUCAACGACAUCGCCAAGGAUAUCCGGAACCAGCGGCGUUACCGGCAGAGGAGGAAGGCUGAACUGGUGAAGCUGCAGCAGACAUUCAGUGCCCUAAACUCCAAGGCCACAUUCUACGGGGAGCAGGUGGAUUACUAUAAAAGCUACAUCAAAACCUGCCUGGACAACCUGGCCAGCAAGGGAAAGGUCUCCAAAAAGCCCCGGGAGAUGAAAGGGAAGAAGAGCAAGAAGAUCUCCCUGAAGUAUACGGCUGCGCGGCUGCACGAGAAGGGAGUCCUGCUGGAGAUUGAGGACCUGCAGACCAAUCAGUUUAAAAAUGUCAUCUUUGAAAUCUCUCCGACCGAGGAAGUUGGAGACUUCGAGGUGAAAGCAAAAUUCAUGGGAGUCCAGAUGGAAACAUUCAUGUUGCAUUAUCAGGAUCUCCUGCAGCUACAGUACGAGGGGGUGGCUGUCAUGAAACUGUUUGACCGAGCCAAAGUCAACGUCAACCUCCUCAUCUUCCUCCUCAACAAGAAGUUCUACGGGAAGUAGCGGAUGGUGUGCCGGAGACUCCGAGGGGACCCGGCCGGCGGAAAGAGGAAGGGAAUUCUCCUUCCGCGGACUCUUGCUCCCCCCCCCCCCUUCUCGCCUCCCUCCUCUGAAGUCAGGCUCCCGGGCGUCCGUGCCUCCUCUAAGUGCUACACCUUCAAUGCCAAAAUGCAGGUCACCCCACUUUGUGAAGGAACCUGGGGUCCCUGUCGCUCCCUUCCCUCCCUCCCCACCGUGAGCUGGCCGCUCAAACCCAGUCUCCCUUUUAUUGUUCCUUCAUUUCCUUCUCCCUGACCCCGGAGACCUUGAGCAGGGAGGAAAAGAAUGGAAACUCAGUUCCUAAACCCGUUUCCCCUGUGCCACCUUGGGGCUUUCUGCUUUCCCAGAAACCGGGAUGGUAAGUCCUGCAGGCUAGCGACUUCCGGGUGGCCGAUGUUGGAAUACUGUAAAACAGAAACAAACGAAAAAAGUGGGUGAAUCUUGCUGUUCCUGCCUCAGAAUGUGCACGUUGUGGGCAGUUCUCACGGGAGGCCCAUUUUCCAGCUGCAGUCGUGGGCCGGGGGGGGCCUAAUUUGUACAGGCAUUGACGUUUGUCUCCCGUGGAGAGGAUUCGGGGUUCAGGGUAGCACUCGAUCCUCUCCAGCGGCAAUGCCCUUUGUGGAGGGAGUCACCGUCGGUCAACAUUUGGCUAGCAGGGACUGUCGGAGGGCAAAUAGACGAGGGAGCCGUCCUUAGAUUUCAGUAGCCGUUUUUGCCCCUGAAGUCUGGAUCCAACGCUGUUGGGCAGUGAUGGGAAGGGGGCCGAGCUGAAGUCUCGGGCCCUCCACCGCUCCUGGAGAACGCAAAAUAACCCCAAACCCUAACUCUUUUAGCGGAGUUUCGUGGUCCAAAACCCCUCUGGAACACGGCCGCCCUCUUCAAAUCUACUUGUCCUCUCCAGAGGAGGAGGCUUUUAAAAAAUCAAUGCUUAAGUUUGCUUAAUACCUUACAGGUGAUCAUUUUCUUUCCUAUCUCUUGAUCAAAUCCUGGAGACUGGCUUGGGUGGGGGGAAAUAGGGUAUUUUAUCAAGGUGGUUAUAGAGUGCUUUACAAGGCUUUUGUGUACUUCGUGGAAAGGGAGGUUUUGUUUUUAAAUUAGCCUAUCUGUAUAUCUGAAUUCUUCAAACUCCAUCUGCGGCUGCCAAACACUAGGGCUGCCUGCGGAGAUGCAGAGAGAUUAUCGCGCCUUAGACAGGCUGGAUUAAAUCAUGUAUAAACAGAAUUUAACCUAUCUGCUUCCCGUUUCCUGUUAUCAGUUUCUCUCUGGACUAUCCGUCUCCUCGGUGUCGAAGCCCCUCUCUGUAGCCGCACGCAGCCUGCGGGGAUCGAUAGCUCCGUCUUAAAAUCGGGGUCUAUGUUAUUUUUUUAAAAGUUCAUAUUUUCCCGUCGGUGCAUUCGCCGCAAGCAAGCCGUGUUUUUAUGCUCGUCUUAAAGCGCCGAGCGGAAUCCGUUCCCAGGCCGCCCCCGUUCCCUGAUGGGGUUGGGGGUCCUUCGGGUGGGAUCAGAGGCCGGAGCCUCAAUCGGAACAGCACCGGGAAACUGAGAUCGCCCGUGAUUUCCAGUUGGCCGCUGGGCCCCUGGAGCGAGACCAUUCCAGCUUGGCUCCCCUUCGUUGUCGGGAAGGGAAGCAAAAGUGAGAAAACAGCAGGGUGGGGAGCCACUUCUCUUCGUGAGGCCUUACGGAGAGGAAAGUCACGAAUGGCCUAGGAUAUGGGGAAACGCUCACAAACACACUCGGCCGAGAAUUCCCUAGAUGGGGUUUGGGGGGAGGACUGGAGAAAGGGGGUCGGGGAUCAGCCCUUCAUCUCUCUCCUUGACACGGCCCCUUCGGGAUAACUGCUUCUUUUGGUGAGUACAUUCCUUUUUUAAAAAAAAAUUUCCUUCUCUCCAGCAUGGAAAAUAUUUUCAAGCAGACAAAGCAGCAAUCUGCCACUGAGGGGACCGCAGGGAUUCAACUCAGUGCUUUAUUAAAGGGGUGUGCUCUCCUCCAGAGGCCCUGCUGCCGUAACCCCGCCCAGGCCCUGCCACAGAACAUCUAGUUUUCCAGGUCCCACGGGAGGCAGAAGGGGUUUGGGAACUCCAAUGCCGGAGCCCUUUACCACCGACUCCCACGAGCAAACUCGGAGCUAAAGUACUUUUAUUUAAAAAAAAAAAAUACAACAAAAAAAAUGUAGAAUAAAUUUUUUUAUAUAUAGGAGAAAACUCCAACGGAAAAUUCUCAAGUCUCAGCACUGAAAGGUCGUAGCUUUUAUGAUGAUUUUAUUUAUUAGCGAUAGGGCUCUCCUGUCUCCUCUCUUCCCGCCUCCCCGGUUGGUACGGUGUGGCCCGCCUGGGUUUCCUCCCUGAACGUUGGGCUUCUUGUCCUGUUGUUGGCUUAGCCGAUCGGCCUGUGUAUCGCAACUAAAUAAAAGGUCAUUGGUUCA